AUCGGGAUUGUUGUUCUUUACUCGAAGAGAUCAAAUUAUUGGUGGGGACAAUUCAAUAAUCGCUGGAUAUUGGUGGGGACACGUCCCUGCCGUCCAUGCCAAAUCUACGCCCUUGGUCUAGCGUACUCAACUCAAUAACAGUCAAUAAAAAAGAAAACAUGGAACUCGGAUCAACAGUCAGUGCUGUGAGGAGUACGAGGGUGCUGGAUGGUGACAAAGUACGUCCUGCAGUUGUAGUUAUAAAGGAUGGGAAAAUACAUGAAAUAGUGUCGAGCUGUAGCUUUUCUGAGGAUGUGGCCUGUCAGGUGCUGGAUGUGGGUGACAGCGUGGUGAUGCCAGGCAUUGUAGACUGCCACGUUCAUGUGAAUGAACCAGGCCGUACCUCCUGGGAGGGUUUCUGGAGCGCCACCAGAGCUGCAGCAGCCGGAGGGGUGACGACGAUUGUGGACAUGCCGCUAAACAGCAUCCCUCCCACCACAACUCUUGGCAAUUUUCACGAGAAGCUGCGGCAGGCAACAGGGAAGUGUUUUGUGGAUGUAGCCUUCUGGGGAGGCGUGGUCCCCGGCAAUCAGCUCCAUCUACGUCCAAUGAUCCAGGCUGGAGUGGCUGGCUUCAAGUGUUUUCUCAUCCAUAGCGGGGUGGAUGAGUUCCCCCAUGUAAAUGACAGCGAUCUACAUACAGCCAUGAAGCAGCUGCAAGGCACAGGAAGCGUCCUGCUGUUUCACGCAGAGAGGGACGUUUGGGAAGGAAAAGGAGAGACUGGUGACCCUUGCCAGUACUCCACCUUCUUGCGGUCCAGGCCAGACGUCAUGGAAACUGAAGCUAUUCGUGUUGUCACAGAGCUUUGCCUGCAGUACAGGGUUCGCUGCCACAUAGUUCACUUGUCUUCUGCAAAGCCACUGAAACUGAUUGAGGAAGCACGGCAGGCUGGAGCUCCUCUGACUGUGGAGACCACCCACCACUAUCUCAGCCUGUGUGCAGAAGACAUACCUGCAGGGGCCACGCAAUUUAAGUGCUGCCCACCCAUCAGAGGAUCUGUUAACCAAGAGCAGCUAUGGUCUGCGCUGAAAGCUGGACAGAUUGACAUGGUGGUCUCAGACCACUCCCCCUGCACCACCGACUUGAAGAAACUGGACAGUGGAGACUUCACACAGGCUUGGGGAGGGAUUUCUUCUUUACAGUUUGGCUUGUCUCUGUUCUGGAGUUCAGCCAGUAAAAGAGGUUUUCAGCUCCCUGAUGUUGUGAGGCUCCUGAGCCAAAAAACAGCUCAGCUGUGUUGCCUCGACAGCCGGAAGGGCUGCCUUGCCCCCAGUUAUGAUGCCGACUUGGUUGUAUGGGACCCAGAGAGAGAGUUUGAGGUAAGAAACCAUAAACAGUCAUCAUAUCCUGAGGCAGAUGUGUUUCAUCCUUUGCUCUGUUUCACAGAUUCAAGAAGAAAACAUACAUCACAAAAACAAGCUGACUCCUUACCUUGGCCUCAAACUGCAAGGGGCCGUGCGCGCCACCAUCCUGAGGGGACGGCUCGUGUACGAAGAUGGCAGCUUCUGCGCCGAACCUCUGGGGAAGCAUCUCCUCAUCCCUCAGAAGACAAAUCAGGCCUAACUGUGAAGCACAAUGACAAUAAACCUCAAACCUAAUAAACCUCAAAUAUUCAAUUCACCACUGAUUCUCACUGAGUGAUGGUUAAAAAGUUAUUGACCUCAUAAUAAUGGAAAACAAAAACUGGCUUAAGGGUCAUUUAAAAAACGAAAACUUCUGCUGAACUUUAGCAUUUUAACUGCACAGAAAAAUUGAAUUACGAUGCCGCAUAUUUACUUCAAAAGAAUACUCAAACAAAAGCUUUCAUCUGUGCACUAUCUCUA